CCCGCCGGCCGCUGUCUCUUGGGCGACCUCGCCCAUGGCGUGUGGGCUGCUUCAACCUGCACCUGCGGGGGCCGCCGCUUUGUGGCCGUGCUUCCUUCCCCCGGCUCCUCGUCGGAGCUUCCCAAAGGAGGAGCAACUAAAUCAGUUCCAACGUUGGAAGCUACCUUUGAGCGCUACCAGGUCACAGAGGUCAAGGAGCCAUGUUGGUUGCUCAUGUUCAGGCUCAUCUGAAGGAGUUGCUGCGGUGAGCAGACCUGCAGAUGCUCCCACUGCUCAGAGUGCUGUGUCCAUGACGUGCUGGGUGGAUUUGGACCCAGGUGCGCCUAUUGUUAUUUUUGGCUACUGGACUGGCCCCGAUGUGGAUGAUGGUUGUGGUAGUGUUGAGGCCAUGCUUCAAAGAAUGCGGGUGUGGGAUGCCAUUGCCGAUUGGUCAGGCUGGGGAGGUGUGCGAUGAAGGAAGUCUGCUGCAAGUUCAUACUAAGUCACCAGCAAACCGUGCCCAUGCCGUUUGAUGUGAUUAUGGCAUGGAGAGGCAAACAGUUUGGGGGUUUCAUGGAUACGUAGUUCCAAGAAAGAGGGGGGUUUCCCCCCCUAUUCUACUAUACGCUAGACAUGCAGGCAUAAGAUACUCCUGUACAUUGAAGGACGAAAGUGGGAGCGAAAGGAGAUGCAGAAGCAUCUGUAGACUGAGAUUACACCACUCAGAGUGCUUUCUUUUUAAACUACUAUUUCUUUCUCUCACGCAAGAUCUUACGCACGACUUUCUUGCUUUGGGGUGGAGAAAAAACACUACGGUUUUUUAUUGGUGCAUGUAUGGAAAUGAAGGGAUUGGUUUUGGAGCUGA